UGCUCAGAACCAGAAGGUAGUAAAAAUUGGGAAGAAUAUGGCUUUCAAUAAACAAAAAGUCACCCCGAACCACCCAAACAAAACAGUAUGCUAUAGACCUUCAAACCCGGAAUCAAGAUUGAAAAGAUCUGGGAGGAGAUAUUUAAUCCCAAAAAAACCUGUUAUGUAAAUCUAUGCUUUAUUUAUCUCAAAGGGAUUGUCAAUUCAAGACACUUAAAAUACCAAAACCGAAUCUACUAAUCAUCUAAUGACGACAAUGCACUUAUCUUAUCAUUUUGUAUCAUUUGAUGUUCACGACGUAUCUAUAUAACAACGCUCAAAGAUGACUGAUCACUAAACACAGUGUACUAAUUCGUUGAUUCACCAGUUGAGGUUUCGAUAAUUUUUGUGGAAGCAAAAUGGAAAAUAAAUUUGGACUAAACGAACCGCCUCCGUCAUACUACGAAGCUACUGGACAGACAAAUGUGUCACACACUCACAGGUGCAGCACUAUCCCGUACUCAAUUAGGACAGGACCGAAUCAACCUAGUAACAACUUGUCUUCAACCUCAGGUGAUAGCUGGACGGUUUUGGUAAACCAUGAUCUGACCACUGCAUCUGUAAAUGCAAUACCACCACAUCAACAGCAGUUUAGUAAGGGUCGAGUUCGUAAAGUCUCCUGCAAAGUCCUGCUAGUGACUAUUAUUUGUGUCAUUUUCGUAACCGUAGUCGUUGUACUUUUCACUAAAUCUGUAAUAGAGUUCGCAGAAGUCAAGAAGAAGAACCAAGAGUUUAUAAACCGGUACUUUGGUACUUAGCAGGGGGUAAUCACCAGACCUAAAAUUUGUAAAUACUUCCCCUUCGGAGGAAGUCCUUCAGUACUUCCUCUUAACUUCCCUAUACUUCCCCGUACUCCCCUUUACCCCCUCAUACUUCCCAGUACUUCCUCUUACUUCCCAGUACUUCCUUGUACUUCCUCCGAACUUCCUCCAAACUUCCCUUGUACUUUCCCGAAAUUUCACUGUAAGUGGAAAUUGAUAUAGACUUUAGAUUUGCUUUUUCAAUGUUAUACGUAGUACCUAACGGUUAUAAAUAACGUGUCCACGAAGAUGCAUAGUAUGCGAAAUGUGCAUGGAUGUGAAAUGAAUACUAUACAUGAGAUGAAAUACUAGAUACGUGUUAAUCAUUAUUUAUUUUCACAUUUACCUAUUUAAUAUUUACCUUUGUAUUUACAUGAGGUUUGAAAGAAUUUUUAAUAUGAAAGAAAUUAAGACAUAAAUAAUUGUCCUGCCAGCAUUUAUUGCUAAAUGUUAUAAUAGCAUCAAAGGUUUUCAAGCUAUUCAAGAUUUUUCAAAAUUUCUGUCAUGUUCAAGUCAUUAUAAGGUUAGGGGUUGAUAUUAUUGAAAUUUUAUGUGAUUCUAUGUAAUAGUACAUUAUAUACUAAGGUAGAGAAUAAUACUAGACGUAU